AGGCGCUUUUGUGCUUCGAAUGCCGUUGGACUCGGUGGAUUUGGCCAUUUUUGCCCAGCUUGAUGUGCAGAUUCUCCUUUUCCAGCUUUUUCAGCCCGCACUUCGCGUUGGAGCCGGAGAGAUUUUACACUUGCUCACUCAUGGAGGCAUGUGGGCACCACUUCCAUCCUCCAAGCACAAGAAAAAUCGGACUUGUGCGGCAGUGUCGUUGAGAUCGACCGCCUCAGGGGCCCUUUGGCACAUUUGGCAGGGAAGAGCGCUUGCAUUCUCAGCUAUGAUGUGGAGAACGAUUGAUUCAUAUAGCUGCGACAUGCAAUACACGGUUCCCAUUAAAGCCCAUUAAAGAGUGUCCAGAUUAGUCACAUCCUUGCACGACCUGAGGACGAGAGGACUCUGUCGCUCACGGACGCUGCGAUGGAUAGUCUCGCAGACUCCGUUGCAGUUAGCGCAUGGCUUGGAGACCGCGUAUGUCAAUCUGAAGGAAGGAGUUCCUGCAGUCCGUUGGCAUGCUCCCUUUGAAGGAUGGCCCUGAUUCUGGCUUGGCAGCUCUUAGCCAUGUCCCCUUUACAUGUAUUGCUGGUGCUUUGCCCUAUUUUCGCUGGGUGUUCGGCAGUUGGCGAGUUUGCAAGAAGCAGACCGGAGAGGCAGGCUAUGUGGCCUUCAAAGAGUUCCGCACCAGCCACGCUUUGGGGUAGUCUCAUGUUGGAAGUCCUAUGAUCUGAUAGAACACUAGCAUUUUUGCAGAACGACUUCUACGGCAGCCGUGUUUUUUUUCCACCGGCCGCUGGCUAUCACGUUUCUCCGAAACUCUGAGGAUGCGGCUUUGAUGCGCCUUUUGGUGAACGCUGGUGAGAUUCGGCCCCCAGACGCAGGCCAAUUGCCUGGGAAGACGCAGAUGUGUAUCGACUUUUUAGAGGCUGGAAGGUGCGACAUGGAGCUGAACUGUCCGUUUGCCCACAAUCCAGAUGAACUCUCUGGCUAUCAGUCUUUCCAGCGCUCCGACCAGCACGUCCAUCCCGAGGCCUGCAAGAACCAAGCACUAAGAUCACCAAGCCCUCCGCCACCAAUGCGAAGCGCGGGUCACUUAGCUGCUGAUCCAUCCGCUGCAGCAGAUGAUGCCUUCCUCAGAUACUUGAUAGACAUGGGCCGAGCAAGUCCGAGCGGUGCCAGACGGUGGUGAUGUUGCGGACCAAAGUGAAUUCGCCUGUUCAUGAAUUCAAAGUUAUUUUGUAUAUAAUGCAGUAGGUUGCUGUCACCGAGAGGGAUCAAUUCCAUCUCGGAUGGACUCAUACCAAUUAAUUGCGUUUAUGCAUAAUUAA